GGAAAGAAUUUGAAUUUUUUUUUUAAUGAUGGAUGAUUCCGAAUUAUUAUUAAAUCAAAAAGUAUCCACCGCCUUGAACACAAUCAUUGCAAGUGAAUUGAAAGAUAAUCACGAUGAUACUUUGAUUGAAAAAUUCUGCUCGCUUUUGAAUGAAUUUGAUGAGAAAUUUCUCGAAAAUCUGGUCACCACCAAUGAAAACUUGCUCUCAUUGAUCGACAGUCAUUUGGAAUGGAAAAGUUUCAUCUGCGAUGAUGAUUUCGAAUUGAAAAUCGAUAAUGUGGUCAUUGUAUUGCGAAUAUGCAAGCCAUUGUUGAAUCGCGAACUCAUAUUCCAGAUUUAUUUGAAACAAUCUAACCAAAAUCUCAUUGAAUUAGUGUUGAAAAUAAUUGCAACAAAUUACAAAGAUAAAUUGAGCCAACACCACAUGUUGAACAUUGCGCUCUUUUCAUUAUUCAACAGUAUUUGUCAUCAUCAAACUGGCAAACAAUUUCUAAUCACUCAUUUUCUUACACCAGAAAAUGGUUCAUUUUUCAUCGAAAAUCUGUUCGAUUAUGACUGUCAAACCCGUUUCAUUCAAAAAGAAAUUCAUUUACUUUUGGCCAACAUUAUCGGUUUAUCAUUGGAGUUUGAUCAGACCAGAUUGCAAGAAAUUGUCGCAUAUAAAUUUGCCAAUCUGAAAUUCAAUUUACCAAAAAUUGUCUGCAAUAUAAUUGAUUUGUUACCGGAUCGGAAUGAAUUUUUUCAUCGAUUUCAGAUAUUCUUGUCAUUUGAAGUUUUUUUAGUCAACUGUGAUCGAUUCGAUGACGAUCUCCUGAAACAAUCAAUCAAAUUAAUCGAAUUGAUUUCAUCCCUGAAAAAUUAUGCAAAUAAAACAGAAUAUCUAAUCGCUUUAUUGAAGGAAAAAUUGCUAAAACAACAAGACUGUUUUGCUUAUUCGACAUUUUUAAUUUCCUUGUCAAAUUCCCAUUCAAAAUGUGUGGAUAUAGAAAUGUAUCGUGGAAAAUCCCAUUCUUUUAUUGGCCAUUAUCUAAUGCAUUUGCUCGGUCAUCAUGAUUCGAAUGGACUGGCCAACCUAUCGGACGAAGAACGAGUCUUGCUUGAGAAUAUUCCAAUGAUCCGAUUGCAGACCAUCUGCCUUCAACAGUUGAACAAAUUGCAACCAUCAACUGAAUGUCAUCAAUUAGUCCCAUUGCUUGAGAACGUUAUUAACGUUAAUAACAAUAACAUAGCAAACAACAAGAAACAUCUCAAUUUGUUAUUAUCAUUUUUUGAGAGAUUGAUCAUUCAAAAUUACGAUGCUGACCGCAGAAUCCAAGACAUUUAUCUGCAAAUCUAUUGCAAUUAUCCCGUGGUUCGAAAAUCGAUUCUACAAUCAAUCGUUGAUAUUUUUCGCAAACGAAAAAAAUUUGAUUUUCCAAAAUUUCUUCCCAUUUGGCUCAAUCAUCUGAUUAAUGUCGAUAAAGAUGACGAUGACGAAAUUGUCGACAUUAUCAUUGAACUGAUCUUUCACAUAAUCUUGGAAGAUGAGCAAACUCAAGAGCUCAAUGAAUUUCUAUCCGGCGAACAUGCCUAUCUGCUUAGAACGAUCGAUUUGGAAGCAAAUUGUCGUGCCAACAUUCUAUCAACCCUUUUCAUGGCUCAUUACUGCUUUGAUUCAUCGAAUCAUUCAUCAAAUCAUUCAUCAAUCGUUCUGAAUACGAAUUUCCUUGGUGAUACAUUUUUCGAACAAUCAUUUCUCCAAUUUGAUCAAUUGGAUUUGGAAUUUCGACAGCAAUUUUUCGCAAACAUGAAACAAAUUCUUUCGAAAUUCAGCAUUGAUUUGCCGCAGCAAAAAUUUGUGUUACGUUUAGUUUGUCAAAUUUUUUCAGAUGAAAACGAUACUGAAUUGCUGUUGGUGUUGUUGAAUCUGAUCGAAUUGAUCAUAUGCAAACAAGAGCUGCGUGAUUCGCCGCAAUUCUCUCAAUUGAUAAUCGAUACAAAUCUCUUUGCAUCGUUAUUCGGUUUAUUUGGUGAGAAUUCAUUCAUUUCUUGUCAAGUUGAAAUGGAAAUCAUGCAAUUUCUUGGCAGAUAUCGAAACGAUUUGGUUAUAAUUAUGGAUAAAUAUCCCGAUUCUAAACACGAUGGCAUCUAUCCACUGUUAACAUCAUCAUCACGAUUCGAAGAACAAAUGAACAAGAUCCACGUAAAUCAAUCUUUGAAUAGUCCACAGUUAUCACUGUUGGACGACAUUAUUCAUACAUCGAAAUUGUUAUCGGAUCAAAUUGUGAUGGAUUGUUAUUGAACAACACACCGUGUGACAUUUAAACAAGUGUACGGAAUUUUCUUUUAAUUAACAUUUCAAAUUCCUUACAUGAAUUCACCAAUGAAAAAUCUUCAUUCAUUCGCUUUACUUUUUUAUUCUAAAUUCUAAAUUGGAUUCCUGCCACAAGUGUUGUUAUAUUUUUAGCCAAAUAAUCCUAUUCACCGUGAAUAAAAUGAGAAAUUCUUAUCAACAA